CAAAAAUUUUAAGUCAAUCAAAGCUUAAAAAUUUUGGAUUUUGCUUUAGUAAUGAUCAGUUUAAGACUGCUGUUCAAAAGGCCAAUCAAUCUUUAUUUUUAUUAACUAAUUAUCAAAGAUUAUUAAUUACAAAACACAAACAAAAUUUUGAAAUAAAUGAAGUGUAUUUUUUAGAAAAAUCAAAACAUGAUAUAUAUUUUGAAUUAAAAUCACAAUAUCCAGAUAUAAAACUUAGCCUUAGUUUAUUUUACAAAUUAUGUUUGAAAAAUUUUAAAAAAGCUCAAAAAAAAACUGAUAUGUGUCAAGUAUAUAUUAAAGGACAACAAGCCGAAAAAAAAUUACAACAACUUACAUCUAUAAUAUCAACAACUAAUCCUAUUAUUCUUGAAAAUUUAAAAGAAAUGCAAUUAAUUGAACAUAUAACAUCUUCAUCCUGUAUAAUUGUAAUGGAUUUCAAGGAAAAUAUUAGAAUUGGUGGUGGUUCAGUCAAAACUAAAAAUAAUUUUUUUGAAAAACUCAA